CCGUCGACAAGGAAGGUGCUACUCCGCCGCUCUCUCUCUCUCUCUCUCUCUCUCUUUCCCUCUCUGUGCCUCUCUCUCCAUCUCUCGUUCAUUCUCUUUGUUUCUUUUGUUUUCGUUCUUUUUUUUUUUUUUGCUUUUUUUCGAUACGACAAGGUCCAACGGGAGAGAUGGCGAGCGGUAAAGGAGGGAUAUGUAAUGCCGUGCCAGCGAGAGUGUCGCUAUUGCUCCUGACGGCGGCUGGUGUUAUGGUGCUAUACAUCGUCCGGGUUAAUCUGUCCGUCGCUAUUGUGGCUAUGUCCUACACGCCCACCGCGGCCUCGAGCACCGGCGCCCCCACCAAAGCCUUCUGCUGGAGGAAUGACACGGUCAGCAGCGGGCCUUCGUCAGCAGUGUCGCCGAUAGAAGAAUCAGCAAACAAUGGCACUGACGCCGAACCGAGCGAUGCAAGCUCCACUUCAGACAAGAUGAUGCUGACGGGGGCGCAGAAGGGCCUGGUUCUCGGAGCCUUCUUCUAUGGAUAUUUCAUCACUAAUAUCCCCGGCGGGCGGCUGGCGGAGACGUACGGCACGAAGCGUGUGUUCGGGGGUGCCAUCCUCGUGGGCGGCCUGCUGGACCUCCUCACGCCCGUCGCCGCCCGCAUCCACUUCGGCGUCCUCAUCGGUCUCAGGACACUUAUAGGACUCUCACAUGGCAUGGUCUACCCCGCCCUCAACGUCAUGGUAGCAAAGUGGAUUCCACCCCUGGAGCGCCCGAGGUUCAUAUCCUUCACAUAUAUGGCCAACUGCCUGGGCACCAUCGUAGCGCUACCGAUGUGUGGGCUGAUCAUCGCCGAAGUGGGCUGGCCGACGGUCUUCUACGUGAGUGGCUCCAUGUCCCUGGUGUGGGUCGUGUUCUGGAUGACUCUGAUGCACGACACGCCCGAGGAACACCCCAGGAUAUCGCCGGAGGAACGAGAGUAUAUUGUCGAAGCUGUGAAAGCGGGGACAAACUCACGCACUAAGCCCACGAAAACACCUUGGAAGAGCUUUAUGCUGAGCGUGCCGCUGUGGGCCACCAAUCUGGCUCACGUGGGAAGCAUGUUUGGCUUCAAUCUGCUCCUAACACAGCUUCCUACGUACAUGAGUUCGGUUCUAGGAUUCUCCAUCAGGAGUAACGGAUUUCUCUCGUCGCUUCCCUUCCUCACGCAGUUCCUCGCCAGCGUGUCCUGUGGCGUCCUCGGAGACUGGCUCCUCACGCGCAAUUACAUUACUGUGUCUACUUCUCGAAAGAUGUUUGCCUUCGUGUCUCACAUCAUGACAGCCAUUGUGCUGGUGACAGUCGGCUACGUGGGAUGCAACGCCGCGCUUGCUGUCGCCCUUUUCCCAGUUGCAACCGCUUUCUCGGGGGCUUACUGCUCAGGUCACAUGCCCAACCACCUUGACCUCUCUCCGAACUUUGCAGGGACUAUUCUGGGAGUUGGCAACAGUCUCGCAUUCAUGGUUUCUAUGUGUGUGCCCGUUAUUGUUGGUGCCAUGACACCUGAUCAGAGCCUGCAACAGUGGCAAUCGGUAUUCUGGGUGUCAGCAGCUGUCUACGCCGCUACGUGGUUGAUCUUCGCCACUUUCGCGUCGACUGAAAUCCAACCUUGGAAUUUUGCCGAAGACGACGAGAAAACCGAUAUGGAGUCGCAGAAAUUCUUGGAAGCCGAGAAAAAGGUCGAGAUCGUAAAAAAUGGAAAUGCCGAUGCGAAGGAAGUCUCUUGAAUAAGGGAGUAAUAGUUAAGACUUAUAAAUGUGCUAGACGCCAAAGUCAUGUAGCACUUUAGUGGUUGGUAGAUAAGGCGUGGAAAACAAAAUGUGUAAUGAUUGGUGCAUCAAUAUCUUCAUAAGGGGGUUGUUUUUAUAGCCGCUAUCGUUUAAAGAAAUUGUCCAUUCCUUUUUGGUGUUCAUUAAGACUGAAAACAUUGGGUCUAUUGAAAGGAUUUAUAGCAAGAGUGAUAUGUAGACCCUUUACAAAGAUAAAAUCCAGUGUUUCAAAAUGGUCUCGUCUUCCAAACCUUGUUAUAGUAUGCGUUUGUCUACUAAUUUAUCAGUACGAUUGUAUUGUGUUAUUCGGCAUUCUCCUUUUGAAAAUAUACCAAUUCAAAAUAUUUUUUUUAAGAUUGAUGUAAAUAAUUAUACUUGUACCAAUAUUCAUUGUAGUAAUAUUUAAUUGAAAGGCGUCAUGCAUCAAUGCCUAGUCAGAAUCUCUACUGAAGCUUAGAUAAUUUAACAUGGUUUCAUUAACAACUGACUUGGAAAUUAAGCAAGGUCUCUUUGUAUCUUUCACUUUCUAUGUUAUUAUUAUUAUAUGUAAUGAUAUAAUGUAAUAUUUUCGUAUUUGCCUACAAUAAAAUGUUAGUGUA